AUGGGUUCUCUGCAGACUCCUUUUGGCAAGCCGAUGCUGAAGCAUUGGCUUUUCGACCCAUCUUAUAAGAACCUCAAUCAUGGCUCUUUUGGUGCACACCCUGCAGCUGUUCGCGAUGCCCAGCGCGCCUUCUUAGACAUCGCCGAUCGGCGACCUGAUCCAUAUAUCAGGGUCCAGCAUACAAAGCUUCUGGAUGAAGCACGAGGCGGUGUCGCAAAGAUUCUCAAUGCGGCCAAAGACGAAUGUGUCUUUGUCAAAAAUGCAACUACUGGUGUCGCAACUGUGUUAUAUAACCUCAAUUUCCAGGCAGGUGAUGUUGUCGUGCAUUUCGAGCCUGUCUACGGUGCCGUAGAGAAAGGCCUAGUCUCGCUGCAGGAACACUCUGCCCUUCAGACUCGGAAAGUGUUCUUCGAAUAUCCUAUUGCUGAGAGUGAACUCGAGCGACGAUUCCGCCACGUUGUCCAAAAGACACGUGCAGAGGGUCUCACAGUUCGCGCAGCGAUUUUCGAUACUAUCGUUAGCAACCCGGGUGUUCGCUUUCCAUUUGAACGAUUCACUGCUAUCUGUCGGGAAGAAGGGAUAUUAAGCGUGAUCGACGGUGCCCACGGCAUCGGGCAUAUCCAUCUUGAUAUGGAAAAGUUGCAGCCUGACUUUUUCGUCUCCAAUUGCCACAAGUGGCUAUACACCCCUCGCAGCGCAGCGGUUCUAUACGUCCCCAAGCGCAAUCAGCAUCUGCUGCGCACGACUCUCCCUACAUCCUGGGGCUUUAUUCCUGGAACCGACUCACCUGCAACGAGGGACUCAGUUCUUCAAGAUGCAAAUGCAGUGAAGACGAAGACGCCCUUCGAGGACCUUUUCGAAUUCGUCGCGACCAGCGAUGACUCGGCCUAUCUCUGCGUUCCCGCCGCGCUGAGAUUCCGUCAGGAAGUCUGCGGUGGCGAAGAUGCUAUCAUUUCAUACUGUACCAAACUCGCCAACGAAGCCGCUGACGCAGUUGCGGCGAUUCUAGGAACAGAUGUCAUGCAGGAGCCGGAUCUGAAGCCGGGAGAGACGAGCAAUAUGCGCCAGUGCAUGAUGACAACGGUGCGCCUGCCCAUUAGCGUUGCUGAUGAUGGAUCUAAUGUUCCCGGGGCACUUGUCACUGUUAAUUCCCAAGAGGCUGCUCGCGUCUUUGGUUGGAUCCAGACGACUCUCAUGGAGAAGCAUGAUACGUUUGUGCCGGUCUUUCGUCACGGUCCGUGGCUUUGGACACGCUUGAGCGCUCAGAUCUUCUUGGAAAAGAGUGAUUUUGAAUGGUUGGGGGGCAUUCUUCGCGAUUUGUGCAACAAGGUUGCUGGGAAAGAGUACGCAAAGCUAUAA